ACGCGAGGCACGUGAUAUCAUACCAUCAUUAACCAACCAUUAGCCAUUUCGAAAACCCUAGUUCCCAACUUUCGGAGCAACCUCACCGAGCGGAUCUCAAAUCCAAAAACAGGAAGAAUGAGCAGUCGCUCGAGUAGAACUGUGUAUGUCGGAAACCUUCCGGGUGAUAUCCGUGAGAGAGAGGUUGAAGAUUUGUUCAGCAAGUAUGGACCUGUUGUUCAGAUUGAUCUGAAGAUCCCACCUAGGCCUCCUGGCUAUGCAUUCGUUGAGUUUGAAGAUGCCCGAGAUGCUGAAGAUGCAAUCCAUGGUCGUGAUGGCUAUGAUUUUGAUGGACAUCGGUUGCGGGUCGAACUAGCUCAUGGUGGGCGGCGUUCAGCUAUGGAAACUCGUAGUAGUUACAGUGGUGGUCGUGGUGGACGUGGGCCAUCUAAGAGAUCUGAGUAUCGCGUUAUAGUUUCAGGUUUGCCUUCUUCUGCUUCAUGGCAAGACCUCAAGGAUCACAUGCGUAAAGGAGGUGAUGUCUGUUUCUCUCAAGUUUUCCGUGACGGUAGAGGUACAACUGGAAUUGUAGAUUAUACCAGCUAUGAGGACAUGAAGUAUGCGAUAAAAAAACUUGACGACUCAGAGUUCCGUAACGCGUUUUCCCGUGGAUAUGUCCGGGUCAGAGAAUAUGAUUCGAGGAGGGAUUCCUCUAGGAGCCCUGGCCGUGGUAGGUCCUAUUCCAGGAGCCAUAGCCGCAGUCGGAGCCGUAGCCGCAGGAUCAGGAGCAGGAGCAGUAGCAAGAGCAGGAGCCCAAAGGCUAGAUCUUCACGUAGGUCGCCUGCUAAGUCUACAUCAAGAUCUCCUCGCGCCCAUUCUAAGUCAAGGUCAAGGUCUCCACUUGGAUCUCGAUCAAGAUCAGCAUCUCCUCUGCCUUCUCAUCAGAAGGAAGCGAGUAAGAGCCCUAGCAAGCCAAGCCCGACCAAGAGCCCUAACCGCAGCAGGAGCAGGAGCCCAUCUCGGUAAGAUUCAGUGGCAAGUGAAAAGAAUAUCUCUGAAACUCCCAAGAAGCAGGAGCUGCAUUUAUGGAGGAAAAGUGUUUAUUCCUUCGUUGUCGUAAGUGGAUGGAUCAUAUCUUUAUGUUCUUUAAAAAAAAGUCGCAAGUUGUAUUCGGGAUUCUCAUGGAUUGUUGUGAUACUCUUUUAAAUUUCCGUUUGUAAUAUCACGGCAACGAUGCUUCAGAUUCUGAAUGUUCCCUUAUGAAGAUGAACUUCUUGGUUUUA